AUGUUCGUUCGCUCAGCUGGAAAGGAAUCGCGAGCUGUGGCGGCUGGGAUUAGGCGACGGGACCAAAAUCCUUGGACGCCAGCCAAUGCCUGGACUUCACUGCUCGAUAGCUACAUAUCCAGAUCGCACAUCCAUGGCUUGUACUUGCUCUUCUUACCCUCGAUGCGACGCCGCAUGCGAGUCUUGUGGGCCCUGGCCUUGAUCUGCGCCUGCACCGUGCUGUUCCACGUGAGCUAUUUGUUGGGGGAGCGAUACCACAACAAGCAGUUCCAGACCAUCGUAGCCCACUCGCAUGCCUCGAUCCACCACAUCGCCUUUCCAGUGGUCAUCAUCUGCAACAAGAACCGACUGAACUGGUCCCGACUGCCCGAGACCAAGUCGCUAUACAACAUCACGCCGGCGCAGGAGGAACUCUUCGAGCGCAUCCUCACUGCCUACGAUGGCUUCAGUUUCCACAACUUCAACGUGUUCGAUACGCUCCUGGGAGAGUCCUUGGAUGAACUCAAUCACCUGAACUUCACGCAAAUCGCGAUUGAGAUGUCCUGGAGAUGCGACGAAAUCCUGAAGGACUGUUACUGGCAGACAGCUCGAAGAGAUUGCUGUAAGCUCUUCCGACCCCGCCGCCUGCCACUCGGCUAUUGCCUGGCCUUCAACGAGCUGGAAAAGCGACGCGGCACGGAGACGGGCAUCAACACGGGGCUACUGCUGAGGCUACUGCUACGGCAGGCGCAUCAUGCUCCGGGGAAUCCAGGGCUGAAGGGCUUCUGGCUGACAGUGGUAGAGUCUUCCGUGUGGUUCGGUUUUCCCAUCGACGUGUUGCCCCACAGCCGCACCAAUGUGGCCGUCACAGCGGUGUACCACUACUACGACGAGAGCACCUUGAGCCUGCCCUCCAGCUGGCGGCACUGCGUCAUGGACUACGAGAAGCAGAGCGAGCACUUUCACACCCUGGAGGGCCAGAAGUAUAUGCUGGAGAACUGCCAGGCGGAGUGCCAGCAGCGCUACCUGCUGCGCUACUGCAACUGCACCGUGGACCUGUUCUACCCGCCAUCCGGCUACCCCGCCUGCCGGCUGAAGGAUCUGCCCUGCCUGGCCUCCCACAACCACUUGCUCCAAAACUUCGAGCAGCCCGAGGAGCAUCCCUAUGUGCACCGGGAGGAGUCCGGCCUGGUCUGCGAGUGCCUGCACAACUGCAAGUCCCUCACCCUGCUCACCGACAUGCGGAAGAGUGUCCUGCAACCCUGGCUGCAGCCCAAUGCCAGCGCGGUCGAGAGCAUGUGGCUCAACGUGUUCUUCAAGAAACCAUCCAUGCUGGUCUACAAGACCAACCUGAUUUACACCUGGGUGGACCUGAUUGUUUCAUUUGGAGGCAUUUGUCAGCUUUGCUUGGGCUGUUCCAUUAUCAGCCUCAUCGAGUUCGCAUUCUUUGCGCUGUACAAAGUACCCCAAUUUUAUUGGAAGCGCUUGAUGAACGGAAAACGAAUUAUGUGA